AGUUAACAGACAGAACGCUUUAACCGGUAACAAUCGCGGCCGGUGAGGUGGGUGCUGCCUUGGUGGCCAGGAGACAUUAGGAUUGGAUUUCCUAUCCCACAAUCACAGCCUCUUGUUAUCACGGGGCCUGUCCCAUCUCUGUCCGCUCCAUGUUGUCAGCCGUAUCUAGGCAGCCACCCUCUACUCCUAGAGCUCAUCAUUCCUGAAGAUCUGUUCCAAAAGAACUUCACACUCAGUUGAUGUGCACAGACCUUUGGCCCAAGCAGAAUUGAGGGAGAGGAGCCAGCUGAUCCUCAGAGGCACCUGCAUCCCUGUGACUGACAGCACUGCCAGGGCCCAGCGGUCUGAACUGUCUUCAGUAUCAUGGAGCCUCCUGGAGAGAAGCCAGGAGAGGCUGAGGCGCUGAGCAUCACACCCCAGCUGCUGAAGUCCCACUCAGGAGAAUUUGCCCUGGAUUCCAUCCUGUUGCUGAAGCUUCGGGGUUUAGGGGUGGUGGACCUGGGUUGUUUGGGGGAGUGCCUGAACCUUGAGUGGCUUGACCUAUCAGGCAAUGCACUUACCCACCUGGGCCCACUGGCAUCCCUGCGCCAGCUGGCUGUGCUCAACGUCUCCAAUAAUCGGCUUACAGGGCUGGAGCCACUAGCAGCUUGUGAGAACCUGCAGAGCCUCAAUGCUGCUGGUAACCUGCUGACCACUCCUGGUCAGCUGCAGUGUCUGGCUGGGUUGCAGGCCCUGGAGCACCUGAGGCUCCGGGACCCUUUGGCCCGGCUCAGCAACCCGCUCUGUGCAAAUGCUUCCUACUGGGCUGUGGUCCAAGAGCUACUGCCUGGCCUCAAAGUCAUAGAUGGGGAACGAGUGAGUGGGCGGGGCAGUGAGCUGUACCAGUUAUGCCGGGACCUGGACAGUUCCUUGCGCUCCGGCUCCAGCCCAGGGCCCAGAGCCAUCGAGGCCCAGCCAUGGGUAGAGCCCGGCUACUGGGAGUCCUGGCCCAUCCGGAGCAGCUCCAUUCUGGAGGAGGCCUGCCGACAGUUCCAGGACACACUGCAGGAAUGCCUUGACCUGGAUCGUCAGGCCAGCGAUAGCUUGGCCCAGGCCCAGCAGGCUCUCAGCCCUGCAGAAACCACCUCUUCCUUUGUCUUCUGAAUGCAACUCAUAGCCAAGGUGGUCUGAUCGUAGACAUUCCUUCCCUGCCCCAUGCGCUUGCCUCUCUCUCUCUCUCUCUCUCUCUCUCUCUCUCUCUCUCUCUCUCUCUCUCUCUUUCUCUCUCUCUCUCUCUCUCUCUCUCUGUCUAUUUAUAUCUGGUCACUGACCCUGCUUACUAGGUUGUUCAUUCAUCCGUUUCUUGAGAGCUCCUAACUCCUGCAUCUCCUCAAGGGUGUUUCCUCCCUCCUCCCACAGCCUCAAGGACACACUUUCCAGAUCGCCUCUAGAAGGGAGAGGAGAUCCCGUCACUAUCUGGCAAAUGCACCAUGCGGCCAGGCUGCAGGGGCUCUGGGCAUGCUGUGCCUGAGCUCCCUCAAAUGCCCAACCUAAGGCUUUGUGGGUAAGAUUACUUGCCACCUGCUUACUCUUAUGAAAUAGUCCAGUGCUCAUAUUAUCACUUGUCUCGUCUCCAGCAAAUACGAGGGGGCUUCUGAACCUCUGCUUUGGUCCUGUGGAAGGCUCCUACACUUGCCCUACCUGCUGCUUCCUGGUACUAGGCAGGAAGUGUGGACACACACACACACACACACACACACACACACACACACACACAGAGUCUUUUUGAGCUUCCCUUAUAUGUACAGGUUGAGCUGAGGGAGAACAACACAAGGUUGGAAAGGAACAGACUCAGCAAUUUUAUUAGCCUGGAGUUGAAAGUCUCUGGGAGACGAUAUGCUCCUGCUGGGUGCUGCCACAGCUGUACAGGGAGUAAGGUGAAGUCCUAGAGAAGAAGGGAAAACCAGGUUGGGGGUGCGGGAGACUGUUUGGGUCAGAUUCUAGCUUUUGUCACGUUUCACAAGUCCUUUCUCAACCCAAUUUCCAUGCCAAGGGCUGGCUCUCCCCAUUAACCACUUACCUGUCUAGGGCUUAUUUGGUUCUCAGGGCCCUGGAGAAGGCAAACUGUCCAGGUAGGAAGUAGCCGUGGGGGUCUUCGCCAGCCUGUGCUAUCUUAAUGCAUUGCAACUCCUGAGGAUCCUGCUAGAACCAGUGUUUGCUGCAGCAGUUCUAGGAAGGGAGGCACCGCCACAACCCCCAGGGGAAUGUCCCGAGGUGGGGGUGGGGGGACCCAGCUCUUCUUUUCAGGUUUCCUGUUCUUCUCCCAUAGACCCAGAUUUGAUCUGUCCCUCCAGGCUUCUCCCUAACCUCGUUUCCUUCUUACCUGAGGCCCUUGCUUCAGAAUUGGGCAGUGGACUAUCCGGCCUAGAAUUUUACCCUUGGGGUCCAUUUUAAUGCAGGCCAGGCAUUUCCGCCUUCUCUGGGGAGGAGAACAGGGAUGUCAGAGUGGAGACUAGCCUCUGGCAUGCUCUGGAGUGGGCGAUGUAGUGAUUUGAAUAAGAAUGUCCCCCAUAGGCUGACAUAUUUGAAGAUUUGGUCUCCAGUUGGUAGUGCUGUUUGGGGAGGUUUUGAAGGUUUGACCUUGAUGGAGGAAGUACGUCAGUGGGGCAGGCUUUAAGAUUUUAAAACCUCGAACCACUCCCAAUUCACUCUUUCUGCGUUCUGUUUACGAGGAAGGCUGUGAGCUCUCAGCUUCCUGCUCUGGCCACCAUGCCUGCUGGCAUCCACAUCUCCCUGCCUCCCACCAUGAUGGACUUUUAUUCCUCUGGAACCCUAAGCCAAAAUAAACCUUUCCUAUUAUUA